UGGGAGUGGGUGAGCUGGGAUAGGCUGGGAGUUUGGUUGGGAAGUCGUAAGCGGAUCCAGAAACGGCACAAGAAGGAAAGAAAGGAAAGAGGAGAUCCAGGAUCUAAAGACCUUCAUGCACAAAUCGACUGAAUGUUGUACAGGAAAUCUGACGCAGUAAAUUUGCGGAAAACGGCUUUUGUUACCGCCACAGGUGACGGAUCGGAACUGCGUGGAUGACAAAGAGACUCGCGGUGGAACAGCGAACUUUUUCGACCGGGUGUGAUCGUCGUACAGAACUUGGAGGUGGAUUUCUGCGUUUUGUGGUAACGGCCAGUGGAAGAGCAGGACAUCAUGCCGCGGCGCACCGUGCAAGAAGUAACCGUGCAAGAUGUCCAGAAGAGAAGAAGUCCCAACAAACACUAUGUUUACAUCAUCAAAGUGUCCUGGAGUGAUGGCAGUACAGAAACCAUUUUCAGGCGCUACAGCAAGUUCUUUGACCUCCAGAUGGAAUUGCUGGAUAAAUUCCCUGUGGAGGGAGGCCAGAAGGACCCAAAGCGCAGAAUCAUCCCAUUCUUACCAGGAAAGAUCUUGUUUAGGAGAAGCCAUAUCAGAGAUGUGGCCAUGAAGAGACUAAGGCCCAUCAACGAAUACUGCAGGGCUUUGAUCCAGCUGCCAGUCUACAUCUCCCAAUGUGAGGAAGUCCGAGUAUUUUUUGAGACCAGACCUGAAGACCUCAACCCACCCAAAGAGGAGCCCAUUGGAAAGAAGAAGUCAGGGUUUGUGGAGAGAGCGACUACUUUCCUAAAGCGAGGAGACCCCACCUCUGCAGACGCACUCUUCCUCGAACAGUAUGUGGCAGUAACAGACUAUGAGAAACAAGAGAGCACCGAAAUCAGUCUGCAUGUUGGUCAGACAGUGGAAGUCAUUGAGAAAAAUGAAUCUGGCUGGUGGUUUGUGAGCUCAGAAGAUGCUCAGGGCUGGGUUCCCGCCACCUGCUUGGAGGCUCAGGAUGACCCUGAUGACUUCACAAUUCCAGGAGAAGAAGUGCCUCGGAGGUUCUGGUCACUGCCAAGGCAUGUGGGUCGGCGCAGAACUUUAGGGGAUCUGUUCAGCACAGGCUGUGGGCAAGAAGAAAAGUACUCUGUGAUUUACCCAUACUCGGCCAGGGAUCAGGAUGAGAUCGACCUGGAAAGAGGCAUGAUUGUCGAAGUUAUUCAGAAGAACUUGGAAGGCUGGUGGAAGAUCAGGUACCAAGGCCGCGAGGGCUGGGCUCCAGCCUCCUACCUGAAAAAGUCUGAUAUUCAAAGCCAAAGGCAAUCAGCAGGCACUGCAGCUCAUGCCAGUACAAAUGACCUGGAAGGGGUUUCCAAACAGAACCUGCAGAACAAUGUGUCAAGAGACAACCAGAAGGAAAACAGGCUCUCUAUUUUCUCUGAUAACAACAAAAUUAAAGUAGGAUCAAGACAUGGACUUCCUCCACGCAGAGAUCUAACCAUUCCACGUGGUGCAAACUUACCUAAGCCACCCGUUCCACCAAAAGUCGAGGAAGAGUAUUACACCAUAGCUGACUUUCAGACUACCAUUCCAGAUGGGAUUAGCUUUCAAGCAGGGGUCAAAGUUGAGGUGGUUGAGAAGAAUACAAGUGGUUGGUGGUACAUCCAGAUAGAUGAGAAAGAAGGCUGGGCCCCAGCCACUUUCAUCGACAAGUACAAGAAGACUAGUAAUGCCCUGCGACCCAAUUUUCUUGCUCCAUUACCCAAUGAGAUGGAGAAACUCAGGCUUGAGGAUGGUGGUGCCAAUGAUGACACCUGGUCUAAGCCUUUACCAGAUGAGCCGACCACAGCCUCCGACUCCUUUGCCCGCCCAAAGCUGAGAGACUGGAAGUCCAGUGCCAACAAGACGACUCCGGCCUUCGCUGGGCCUCUGCCUCCAGCCCCAGCUGCCCCUCCAGCAGAAGAGAAACCAGCUCUGCCUCCUCGACGGGAGUCUAUUAAUAAAAGCUUUGAGUUGGAGACGGCUGAGAAGCCAAAGCCUGAUCAUUGCAAGCCGUUGCCACCAAAACCACCAGCACCUGGAGUCAUCAUGCCUCUUGUUACCCCAAAAUCCAGAGUGCCACCAGAGAUCAAGCCAGAGAAGCCACCAGAGAUCAAAAAGGAAGACAAGAGCAAAGCUCUUCCUCUUCGCAAUGAAAUGGGUCUUGAGUGUGGCCACAAAGUCUCUGCUAAAGAGGUGAAGAAAUUUAAUCUGAAACCUGUUCCCAAACAGCCACCAAAACCGAAGGCAGAGAACCGGGAAGAGAAAUCAGAGCCUGCAGGACCUGCAGCCUUUAUGAAGGGUAAGCCGGUGGUCAGACCGAAGCCUGUCCCAGUUGCCAAACCUGAUCCACCUGCAGAAAACAAAGUGGACAUCACCAACUUAAGGAGCAAGUUGAGGCCAUCAAAAGCUGCGGAUGUUGGCUCUCCAUCUCUUGAGGGAAACCAUCAGAAUGAUCCUUCAGCAGCAGGAAGCAGCUCACCCUCCAGCUCUUCACCCAUCCACAUCCCUGUGCUCAAUAACAGCAAGUCCUCUGAUGAGCCAAAACUCCCUCCCAAACACAUAAAUGGUCUUAGCCAGGAGAAAUCAUCCCCUCCUCCAAAACCAGCAGUGCCCCCACACAAGGAGCCUCCUCAGAGACCUCCUGCCUUGGCUCCAAAAAGACCUCCUCCUCCAAAGAAGACCGAUCCAUCCAGCCCAACCGAAAACAAGCCUCCUUCUCUGAGAGAACCGCAAGAGACUCCCAAGCCUGGACCACCACCACAGCUCAGCAGGCCCCCACCCCCAAAGCCCAAAGCAUUUGUUCAACCACCUUCAAGCAAAGAGAAAGACGACCUCAAGGGGAAUAAAGCUCCCAUUCCUCCCAAGCCCCAGAUGAAACAUGAAAAGUCCGGACCACCCAAGGACAAGCUUCCGCCGUUACUCAAGGAGUCCAGUAAGGAUGAGCUCUAUCUAGCAGUGGCGGACUUUGAAGGGGAUGAGCAAACGUCCAGCUUCAAGGUGGGGACGGUGUUUGAAGUUCUGGAGAAAAACAGCAGCGGUUGGUGGUUCUGUAAAAAUGUAGGCGAAGAUGUUGAGGGCUGGAUCCCCUCAAACUACCUGAGCAAAAAGCCGUAGGUUUUAUGAUUCAUUGAAAUGUAUCCAGAAAAGAACAAAAUAAUACACCAUUGGUGUAAAUGUAAAGAAAAGCAAUCUUUCUGCCACUUCUCAACUUAUUUUAUUUAUAGGUACAUUUUUUUUUAUAAAUACUUUAAUAAUAUUCAGCCAAUCGAACCAGCAAUAAUAGACCCUUUUUUGUGGAGGUUUCAUGAUGUUUACUUUUUAUUUUUAUCUAGAUAUUCAUACUCGCUUUUGAUGGCUACGUGUCAAUCACAGCCUCUGUAUCAUGUUCCCUAACUUGGGCGGAAAACUGGGACGGCAUUUAGCCUGAGUUACAGGGUGUGCCUGAUUUACGGGUGCGUUAGCAGCCAUGCCUUUAAGGAUGCAGUGCCUCAAAAUAUAUGCAAAGUAUAGGCUUCAGUGCUUACAAAGUAUAUGCAGCUGUAGGCUUAGUAGGUGUUCAUAUCUUGCCAGUUUCUAUUCUGCAGCAGGAAAAAAAUGGAUCCUAAAUAACUUAAGUAUUUCAUGAGUGAAGUAGGGAAAUUCACUAAUUUUAUCUGAGCUUUCAUGUAUGGUUAACGUUUUUCUUUGAAAUAUAUCUUUGCCAAGUAUUAAUGUUUGUAAUUUUAAAAACUUACAUUCAGGUACAUCCCAAUAACAGAAAAAUCUAAAUGUUUCUAAUUUCAGAUCAAGAGGAAGCUCAUAUUUUAUGUAAAUUCAUUACCUUAUGUCCUGCACAUUUCACUGACAAACUCAGAAAGGCUUUGCUUAUAAAAAGGCAGAUGUUCAAAGUGCUUUGUCUAAGUGCAUUCAUAGAAAGUUGAGUGGAAAGAAAAAGUGUUGUUAAAAAAAGAAGGUACACUGGCCACACAAAUAAUUGCAGGUUUUAAAAGAAAUCGACUGGGCUGCAGAGAGCCAAUGCUUCAAAAGCCACCAGGCUUAAAACUGUUGCAUUUCUUGUUUUAAGUCAUAGCAGAAAUAGAGACAUAGAAAGUGAAAUCAAUUUCGAUUGUGGGCCCAGAGACUGGAGGAAAACUAAAGAUUCUUGAGGUCCAGUGUGAUUUUUUUCAUAUUCAGUGAUCAUUUAUAGAACCGUUUUAUCUACUGUUGGUUCCUCGUGGCUCAUCAAGCCUACAGUCAAUGCACCGUCUGCCAGAAACUUUUACUCUUCUGCAGACAGUGUUUUGUAGAUGAGGAGAUGACAACUGCUGACACUGCCAAUAGGACCAUGACCAAUAUGUCUCAAUGGACAGCAAACUUAUCAGACCAGAACCCCAUAGAGCAGGGGUGUCAAACUCCAGUCCUGGAGGGUCAAUGUCCUGCAACUUUUAGAUGUGCCUCUGGUGGACUAAUUAGGUCAUUAGCAGGACUCUGGAGAACUGAUCUACACAAGGAGGUAAUUAAGCCAUUUCAUUCCACCGUUUUGUACCUGUGGCACAUCUAAAAACCGCAGGAUACCUUGAGGACUGGAGUUUGACGCCUGUGGCAUAGAGAAUCUAGAAAGCUCUCUAUUUCUAUGGGUCUAGGGAGUAAAUUGUCAAAGCCAGUAUACCACAUUUUACAUAAUUUCAUGCUAAAAUUCUUGCCUAAGAAUCCAAGAAUCCAGUUUACUAGGUUCCUGAAUACAUGUUCUAUUCAAUACUGGACAGAACAAAUAUUUCCGAAUUAAAAUCCUGUUUUACCAGUAUUGUGCCCUGUCCUAGACUGAAGUCUGAAAGGCUUGAUUUUGGGUUUUGAUUAACUUUAACAAAAUAAAAAAUUGGAAUAUAUCACCCAGUGUGUAAUUUCUAUAUUUCAUGUGUUUUAUGUGGACUUAUUAAAAAAACAUCAAGCUGCUGAUGUUACUUCAGUUUACUAGGAUGCACCUGUAUUAGCGUUCUUUUAUUGUUGACUGAAUCAGUGAUGAUUGUUGUGAUUUGUAGCAGAUGUUUAGCUUCUCUCAGUUCAAGCAAGUUCAAGUUUUGCACAGUUUCAGUGCGGAGAGAACAACUUUUAACGUUACACCAGCUUUGUUUCUGGCCUCUCUUUUUUUUAGCUCACUGUUACAAAGUAGUUACUCCAAUCCUCUAUAUGUAAACAUAGUAUCCCAAAGUAAGAGAUUGGUAGGAAGCUUUGUGUCAGAAAACAUUUUUAAUAUAACUUAUCUUUCAGCCAAACGUAAAAGGUGUACAAUGUGAAAUGCAGAACAUUCUGCCCAUAAAAAAUUGAAGAUUUCCAUUGGUUUGUGCAAUGAUUUACAUUGUUGUAAAUGUACAGGCUUUUCCUGUACAUUUACAUGUUUGGUGUAAAUUUACAUGUUUGGUGCUCAAAUUAAAAAAAUGACCAUUGUAUAAACAUAAUAUUUUACAUGCUUGACUGGUUUCAAGCAAAGGUCAGCAGAGCAAAUUAUUUUUAUUGUACAGUGAUGUCAUACUUUCGCAGUUUUUUUUUUUUUUAAUGGUCCUUGUUCUCUUUUCGGUGUGCAAUUUCAAAAUACUGAAAUUUGCUUUAAUGUUACAAAUGGUAUAAUUCAGUGGUUAAAAUAAAAACUAAUUUGCUUUAUCACAAACUGGCUGCUACUUUUACAAGAAAUGGUUCAAUAAAGUAACAAAAUGUUUGCAGACAAGGCUACAAGUUGUAACACUACUUAUGUUCUGCUUCUAGUUGCUCAAAUUCAAACCAUAUUUACAGCACUGACAGUCUGUCAUCCAAAUAAACAUUUCAAAAUGAUACCUAUAAUGUUAAAGGUGGUAUGUGGCCAAAGGAGGGCAGAAUGGUCAUUGAUGGUCCCCCAUAUUUCAGUAUUGUAUUUCUUUUUCUAUGUAUUUUGCAUUACACUGUCUCUACUUUUAUGUUUCAGUCAAUAAAAAAAUUCAACUUGGAA